UAAGUGCAAAAUGAGCGGGGGUCUCAUGCAGCCAGCAGUAUACCGUGUGACCCGAGGAAUUCAUCCGGCACCUAUAGAUAUUUCGGAAUCUCCAAGUGUGGAGGCGGCGUGCAAUGUGAAAAGCACAACCUGCUCUCUUGGGAUGGAUAAUUCACUGGAUUGUAGAACAUAGUCCAUCAACAUUUGGAAUCUGUGAGCCAUUGGAAAUUGACCUUGACGGAUUUGAAAGACAAUUCACAGACAGUAGUGUAGUUCAUUCAGCACCAGUAUUUUCCGCAACAUGAAGCAGCUUCUUCCUUUUCCUGGCUGGUUUAGGGCAGCGAGCCUGUGCUUAUGUUUGGCCCACACUGUCACAGCCACGGUCCUGACAAACUCCACAGGACUGGAGUCCAUCCUGGACAAGUACAGGGACAAGGAUGAGGAGUGGUGGAAGGCCAGAACGAGGGGGAAGAGGGCCAUCAGCGAGGGAGACCUGCACCUCAUUCUGGACCUACACAACAAGUUGCGAGGCCAGGUCCACCCUCCAGCCUCCAACAUGGAGUACAUGGUGUGGGAUUACGAGUUAGAGAGAAGCGCCGAGCAAUGGGCCCAUACCUGCCGAUGGGAACAUGGACCGAGCCACAUGUUGACUCAAAUAGGCCAGAACCUCGGUGCGCACUGGGGCAGGGACCGCCCACCCACCUACCACGUGCAGGCCUGGUAUGAUGAAGUGAGGUACUACAGCUAUCCGUACUCCCAGGAGUGUAACCCGCACUGCCCUUUUAGAUGUUCAGGACCCGUUUGCACUCACUACACUCAGUUGGUGUGGGCCACAAGCAAUCGGAUUGGGUGUGCCAUCAACGUGUGUUACAACAUGAACGUGUGGGGAAUGAUCUGGGCUAAAGCUGUCUAUCUGGUCUGCAAUUACUCACCACCGGGAAACUGGUGGGGUCAUGCUCCGUACAAGUAUGGUGCGCCAUGCUCUGCUUGUCCAGCCAGUUAUGCAGGAGGAUGCAGGGACAAUCUGUGCUACAAAGACGGGGGUGCUGACAGGCGUCCGGCUCCAGAGACCGAGGAGACCAACUACAUUGAACCAGAACCGGAUGCAGUGAGAGAGAGGGAGCCCCAACCCAGGGCCCAAACACCAAACCCCUCACAACCCUCUGAGGACGUAGACCGAAACCAGGUCAUAAGCACCGAGCAGAUGUGCCAACAGAUGGACUGUGACACAAAGCUGAGAGAUCGAUGCAAAGGAACAACAUGCAACAGAUAUGAGUGUCCACCCGGCUGCUUUGACAGACACGGAAAAGUAGUUGGGUCUACGUCUUAUGACAUGCAAUCCAGCGUGUGUGGAGCCGCAUUGCACGCUGGCGUUAUUGACAAUGAUGGAGGAUGGUUGGAUGUGACUAGACUGGGUCGAAAACAUCAAUUUACCAAAUCAUACAAGAAUGGCAUUCAAUCAAUAGGGAAGAACAAAAGUGCAAAUUCCUUUAAAGUACAGUCAGUGCCUGUCAAGGCAGUAGCGUGCGAUACAACCGUGGCGCUCUUCUGUCCCUUUAAGAAACCUGUCCGACACUGUCCGAGGUUGUAUUGUCCCAAGAACUGUCUGCGUGAGAGUCAGGCCAGAGUCAUUGGGAGUAAAUAUUACGCUGAUAAAUCAAGUAUCUGCCGAGCAGCCCUUCACGCCGGCGUAAUCCAGAACCAAUCUGGAGGUUACCUCGAUGUAAUGCCAGUGGACCGCAGGAGGCAGUACAGAGGCACUUACCAAAAUGGCAUCACCUCACAAGGCUUACUUCACCCCACGGGAGGAAAAGCCUUCCGAGUGUUUGCUGUCAUCUGAAAUGCAUCGAUCAAAGCUUGGCGUAAGAUUUUCCAUGAAUGACUGUGAAUACUCCAGUAGGGCACUAGCAAAACAUACUAACCCACCAGCAGUUUUGCAUCCAGAACUCACUUGCUGUGAGGCGACAGUACAGACUACUGCCUCACCAUGCUGCCCACACAGUUCCUUAAAAUGUAAUUGAGUUUCGAAAGGCUAAAAACGACUCCACACACAUCUCAACCUUGGUCAAAAUCCAACACGCCAAAGACCUGCUGUACCUCUAGCUACUAUGAAAGCUGGUUGUGAUUGGAAAAUUUCCUGAGAGGAGGAGGAAAAUCUCCCACUAAGGAGUACUGGAUUAGCUAUAGAGCUUUUUAAACUAUGCAUCUGAAGUAAUUAAGUUUAUUGCAUGUCAAGUUAAAUUGUAUAUACAGGAUGUCCUCAAAAACACGCCAAUUCAAAACAGAGAAAAGGUGUCACUUUACUAGAAUAUUCUUUCACACUUAGUAGCCACAGACGCAUGAUGAAAGUACAACCAAACAGACAAAAGAAAUGUUAUAGUAUGUGAAAUCAGGCUUCAAAAUGGUCAAGAAUAUUCUUUCAGCUUUCAGACACUGUGGGCGUGUCGCGAAAUGCUCUCAAAAUUCCGCCUCCCCGGAACUUUCAGCAGUCAGUCAAAACAUGUCCACUUCUAAGCGGGGAGAGGAUUCAAGCGAGCCACAUUGCACCGGCUCUCACGGGCGACAGAGAAGCAGUCUUUGAGCUGGCAUAACAACCAUAAAUUCAGCGGGACAACGCGCUUCUGUGGCUCCUGAAGAGUGCGCCAUAAGUGACCACAGCCGUGGGACAGGCACCGGUCUAGCUCAUCUGGUUCACCGCUGGCUCGCGACGCAGACUGCAGAGACACUGUGACCCAAAUAACACAAAACACAUUAGACUUAAGGGAAGAUGUAUUUCUUGCAGUUGUGAGCAUAGUUCGAUGGCCAAUUGCACGCUCUACUGGUAGUCAUGCGUUCAGGUUAAAAGGCAUGAGGAAGUGGCAAUUCCGCCGAAUGGCCACCGUGUGGUAUAUGGGCGCUCGAUGUUUAUAUAGUGGGGGAGGGGCUCCUUCUCGAAAGUAUGAUGUCACGGGGCUACUUUUUCGCCCGCCCCUUAAAACAGGCCAACUGAGAUGAUCAUUUUUUUUGUAAGCUACAUCUCUACAGUUCAGUACUAAAUUAUUCUCAGCAUUGACCUUCAAAAAUGACUUUCAAUACAGCUUCUUUUGCUAUAACACAGUGAUUGUUCAACGUAGCAGAUUUCUCAGCUUAUGCAGGGUUGCAGGAAGUGGGGGUACAUAAACGUUGCUCUAUAUGAAGCCACAAGCAGUUGGGGCCAGUGACGUUGCAGGUCACUUGCAGAAUACCGAUCGUCUGAUCCAGCAUGGGCAACCAGUCUGGUUGGCAGGUGCUCAUUGAUAGAAUCGCCCGACAGCGCGACGGUUGUGUGGCAGUGUCACCACCAUCAGCAGCUAGUUGUGGAAAAAUCCAAGUGGUUAGCAUCUCCAGGUAACUUUGAAGAGGAACAAUUUGAAAGGCCCUAAACCUGAAAAGACAAUAGUGUUGAUAGAAAUCUAUCCUCCAUCUUUAUAAAUAUAUUUGAAUCGGUUUAGUUAACAUCACAUCUUUAAAUCAGGGAGUGUUUUUGUGGAAAUCCUGUAUAUAAAUACUAUAUAUAUAAAUAAACUAUUCUUGCUAUUGAAGGGAAGAGACAAUAUAUUCAUUUUAAUCAUUAAUUUCUUUUGACAUAUAAUAUGCCGAAUAGCUACAAUACCUGAAGUAUGAAAUAUCAUCUGUAUAUGUUUGUACAUAAUACACUUUGCUUGCUUAUUGCAUCAAAAUGUUGUAAAUACUAUUGAUACAUUAACCCAAUGGGGUAUGAGUGAUCGCUUUUGCAUUCAUCAUUCAAGUGUUGCCAGCUUAAAUUCAGUAACCAUUAAAUCGCGAGAAAACCACAACAUACACAUAUACUGAAUACUUUUGUUUUUGACCUCAUAAUAUAUAUAUUAAAAUUUUGAAAAUG